UCCAUUGCAGAUGAGCAGGGCAAGGCAAAAGCAAAAGAACCAAAGAGCUCUCUCUCUGUUUCUCUCUCCCCCACGGCUUUCCCUCUCCUCCCGUUCGAACGAGGAACCCGAGAAGAGGGCCGGCGGCGAUGGCCGCGGCGAGGCCGCACCACCACAGGGCGCUGCCGCCGGGGCGGGUGCCCACGAGCUGGGUGGCCGCGCUCUGCACCGCCUGCUUCCUCCUCGGCGUCUGCCUCGUCAAUCGGUAUUGGGCGGUUCCAGAGCCACCCGGUUGCCGAAACAAGGCAAGUUCUGAUCGUUCGAGGGCCGGCGUGCUGAAUCAAGUCUCACAGACUCGCGAAGUCGUCAUCGCGCUGGACAGGACGAUCUCCGACAUCGAGAUGCGGCUCGCUGCUGCCAGAGCUGCUGUGCAGAUGAGGAACCAAGGCGUGUCGCCGAGUGAUUCGGCGGUUGACCAGGGAAGCAUGCCGCGCAGAUUGUUUUUCGUCAUGGGCAUUUUCACAACGUUCGCUAAUCGGAAGCGUAGGGACUCUAUCAGGCAGACAUGGAUGCCGCGAGGUGAGCAUUUGCAAAGGCUGGAGAAGGAGAAGGGCAUUGUCAUCCGUUUUGUUAUUGGACGAAGUCCUGACAGUGAAGUGGAGCGUGCCAUAGAUGCCGAAGAUAAAGAUCACAAUGAUAUUUUGAGACUCAAUCAUGCCGAAGGCUAUGGUGGUCUACCUUUGAAGAUUCAGAUGUUUCUGUCAACUUCUCUGUCCACAUGGGAUGCUGAUUUCUAUAUCAAAGUUGAUGACGAUGUUCAUGUCAACAUUGGUGUCAUCAGAUCGAUUUUGGCACGGCACAGGUCAAAACCUCGGGUUUACAUUGGCUGCAUGAAGUCCGGACCUGUUAUUGCUAAUAAUGAAUCUGAGUAUUAUGAACCGGAUCAUUGGAAGUUUGGCACUGAGGGUAACAACUACUUUAGGCAUGCUACACGGCAACUGUAUGGUAUAACCAGGGAUUUAGCGACUUACAUAUCGAUAAACCGGCAUAUCUUGCACAAGUUUACAAAUGAAGAUGUGUCAUUUGGUUCUUGGUUGAUCGGGUUGGAUGUUGAGCAUGUUGAUGAGAGAAGCCUUUGUUGUGGUACUCCUCCAGACUGCGAAUGGAAGGCACAGGGCGGGAACCCGUGCGCAGCAUCCUUCGACAGGAACUGCUCCGGCAUCUGCAACCCGGCGGAGAGGAUGGAGGAGGUACAUCGGCGAUGCUGGGAGCAUCGCGUGGCUCCGCCGCAACAAGCCCAGUCUUGAGUGGCACUGGCACUGGCACGGCACACUCUGCAGCAAGCGCAGUUUUGACGACCAAGAAGGGUGGCAUUGGCAUCCUCGUGCUGCUGCUCCAUGUAAACUCAUGUAAAUUGUUGGUCAGUAGACGCAGACAGAGUAGCUGUUCUGCAGUGGUCCGGGUACAUUUGCUCGAACUGGAGAAAAAGAAAAGAAGUUCAUUGCACAACACGACACAAAUUCGAAUGCAGCUAUAACUGCAGGGUGAAGAUUUUAGGUCGUGUUAGAUAUCUGAAUAGUAGUAUCUCAUAUGUGGAAAUGAAUGCAGGAAUGUAUGCAAUGUCUUUCUGGGGGCUUCUUGCUGCGCCUGUUUUUCACUUA